CUGCAGCACCACUACACUACACUACAGUUAGUACAGUAGAGACAAGCGGCUGCCGGGACAGAUGUCAGCUUCACUCCCCCACUCUGUCACCACUGACCUGCCUCUUCCCUGCACCGGUUAACGCCGUCGACACGCAGCAAAAGUUGCCCGCAAUGGACUCGAAGCGGGAGAAAGAGCAGGAUGCAGACUUUGACAAGAUUACAGCUGCGCUGCUCAAAUCACGUACUGGAGAAUUUGAUUUGGAGUCUAUAUUGUUUCUUAAAUUGAGAGGUCUUGGAAUACAAGAUCUUGGAUGCAUUGGGGAAUGUAUUAGUCUGGAGAGAUUGGACCUCUCUGGGAAUAAUAUCACAAAUUUGGCUUCCUUGGCAUCGCUAGGGGUUCUUUCUGUAUUAAAUUUGUCUGCAAACAGGAUUUCCAAUUUAGAGCCAUUACGCAGCUGUGAGAGUUUACAGAAUUUAAACGUGGCUGGUAAUAUCAUAUCCAGCAUUGAGAGCCUUCACUGCCUUCAGUCUUUGAGAAAGCUAGAAAGUAUUCGUCUUAAAGACAACACUUACAAUUAUACUAAUCCAGUGUGCAGGAACACAUCUUAUAGAAUUAUAGUUCUGGAAAUGUUCCCCAGUAUUAAGGUGCUCGAUGGGGAAAGAGUGGCAGGACGUGGGAGUGACUUGUACCAGUUAUGUAAAGACAUUGAGGAUACAAUCAAAGCUGGUUUAUACAAGAAUGGACAGCUUAUUGAACACCAUGAUUGUAAGCCAUGGGUGGAAGAUAAUUACUGGGAGAUAAAGAGAUCGAACAAUGCCAUUGUCGAAGAAGCAUACAAACAAUUUAAUGAUGUUCUUCAUGAAUGCAGACUCCUCAACAACAGAGCCACACAUGUCAUUUCACAAACGGAAAAGUCAAUGAGCCUGAAGAAGCAGCCAAAGCAGUUUGCCAUCUAAGCUGGACACUAUUUUUACAACCUUUUGUUGUAUGAUAUAAUAUAAUGUACUGUAAGCUUUUCUUAUGAAGCUACAUCCAAAAUGCUCUGUAUUGUACACACACACAAACGCUUUUUUUUCACCGUGUGUGUGAGGCACACACAUUUCAUCACAUUCCAAUGCAUUAUACAAGCAAGUGAUUUUUGAAAGCCUUUAUUCAUAUCAACUCCCCUCCGUUUGUUUUAAAGAUGUCCUUACUUGCACAGUGUGCAUUUUGUACCAUGUUUUAGCCUGCGUUUAUGCUGAAGAAGCUCAAGAAUUUAUAUCAAUGUUCAGUAUUAUAGAGAGCUCUUUUCCAUUUUGCGUCGGUGGAUAGGUUUGAGAGUUGAUGUGUCCCAUGUUUUUUUUGCGUUCUUUGUAUGUUAACCUUUUGCAAAAAGUGGAUGAAUGACUGUUUCAGCUGUUUUUUACCUUAAAGUUUAUGUGUAUGGCCAACUUGCUGAAAAUACAGUGCUUAUAAUGGUGAAAAGGUGCAGUUUUUCUUAAUACUAAUGUUGACAUGCACAGAGCUAAAAAAUAAUCAUGUUUUAGUGAUGUACCUCAAUCAUGACAUUGGUGUCACUCAUGGAGAAAUGUGUAGACUCUCAGUAGUAGAACAUUGGCGCCACCUACUGGUGGUAGUUAUACUGUGAAUUAAUUCUCUAUAGUCUAGUAUAGUAAUAGUGUCUGAGAACCUGAAACAAUUGUGUGCAUGCUUUAGAGGUGUUUGCUUUACUGGUUGGUUUACUGUCUUUAAGUCAGAUCAAGUGAGGUAUUCAAGCAUUACACAUACUAGAAAGUUGGUUUAUUAAUUUAGCCUCUACCAACAGUUCUUAACGAAAUACUGACGGUGCACUGGCAUGCUGCUCAAAUCCUGCAGAUUUGUUAGAAUGUUAAUGUUAAUAGAUCAGUUAUAAUCAGAGAACAGAAGGUUAGUAUGGAGGAAACAGACCGUAGAGACUAGGAUUUUUUGAUCAUGAAACCAAACACUAGGAUGGGACAGAAUUUGUAUUCAUUAAUUUAUUAAUUAACUUUAUCGUUUGUAUGAUAGUGAAACACUGGACAAGCUUAAGUGUUGUUUGAAAUAAGAGAAGAAUUUGAUAUUUGAGAACAGCCAGACAUACAAAAAGAUUAUAAUCUUGACAUUGGCAUUAAAGACUGAUGAGAAGA